CGAGUAUUUACUAUUUAUUAGUCACAAGUGAAGGAAACAUAUAGAGACACUCCCCCUCUAACAAUGCGGCGGCGCCACCCAUUCCUCCUCCACCUCCGCCGCAGCUACGCCACAAAAUACAGCGGCCGCAUCGUCAAAGAAACCUCAAACGGCCGUCUCUUCGCCGUGGAGGUGGACUCUCCCACUUUCCAAACCGACUCACGCGGCUACGCUCUCCCUCGGCGAGACCUAAUCUGCAAAUCUCUCCGCAUCCUCCAAUCCACCUCCCCCACCUCCGACCCCUUCCUCGACCUCUCCGACUACUUCAAAACCCUAAACCUAACCCUCACCACCUCCGAAGCCUCCGAGAUUCUCAAAUCUCUCUCCUCCCCCACUCUCGCUCUCCAAUUCUUCCAUUUCUGCCCCCUCACUAUCCCCAAAUUCAAGCACGACGUCUUCACUUAUAACCGUAUGCUUCUAAUCUUAUCCCAAUCGAGUUCCGAGGAUCGGUUCGGCUGUGUGCGCCAGAUUGUGGAUGAGAUGGAGCGGAGCGGUGUGCGCGGUGCCAUUUCAACGGUUAAUAUUUUGAUUGGGAUGUUUGGUGGCGCGGAGGAGCUGGAGAGGUGUUUGGGAUUGGUGAGGAAGUGGGAGCUCAGGAUGAAUGGUUAUACGUAUAAGUGUCUUUUGCAGGCCUAUUUGAGGUGUAAGGAUUCCGAAAGAGCUUUACAUGUUUACGGAGAAAUGAAAGGGCGUGGUUACGUGUUGGAUAUUUUUGCUUACAAUAUGUUGCUUGAUUCUCUCGCUAAAGAUCAAAAGGUUGAUCAAGCUCGCAAGGUAUAUGAAGAUAUGAAGCGGAAGCACUGUGAGCCUGAUGAGUAUACAUACACAAUAAUGAUUAGAAUGACUGGAAGGUCAGGAAAGCCUGAUGAGUCACUUGCAUUCUUUCAAGAGAUGCUAUCGAGGGGUUGUUCUCCCAACUUAAUUGCUUACAACACUAUGAUACAGGUGCUAUCUAGGAGCAGGAUGGUUGACAAGACAAUCUUUCUCUUCUCUAAGAUGAUGGAAAAUGAUUGUCGUCCCAAUGAAUUCACAUACAGUCUUAUUUUAAAUCUUUUAGUUUCGGAAGGGCAGCUUGCUAGACUUGACGAGGUAGUGGAAUUGUCAAAGAAGUAUAUGAAUAAGUCGCAAUAUGCUUAUCUUGUAAGGACAUUGAGUAAGUUGGGUCAUGCGAAUGAGGCUCAUCGUAUGUUCUGCAAUAUGUGGAACUUUCAUGACUAUGGAGAUAGGGAUGCCUACUUGGCCAUGCUGGAGAGUUUAUGCAAUGCUAAAAAGAUCACCGAGGCUUUAGAAUUGCUGAGUAAGAUACCUGAAAAGGGAUUAAACGCCGAUACUUAUAUGCAUAAUGUAGUGUUAUCUGCUCUUGGCAAAUUAAAGCAGGUAUCCCAUCUUCAUGAUCUCUAUGAAAAAAUGAAAAAGGAUGGUCCUUUUCCAGACAUAUUUACAUACAACAUCUUGAUAGCUAGCUUUGGUAGAGCUAGAAAAGUUGACGAGGCAGUUAAAGUUUUUGAAGAACUAGAGAAUAGUAAUUGUCGGCCUGAUAUCAUCUCUUACAAUUCAUUAAUAAAUUGCCUAGGGAAGAAUGGAGAUGUUGAUGAAGCACACAUGAGGUUCAGAGAGAUGCAAGAGAAAGGUUUCAGUCCUGAUGUUGUCACGUACAGCACACUAAUAGAGUGUUUUGGGAAGUCGAAUAAAGUGGAGAUGGCUUGUAGGUUGUUAGAUGAGAUGCUUGGUGAAGGUUGCUGCCCUAAUAUUGUGACAUACAAUAUCUUAUUAGACUGUCUUGAAAAGUGUGGGAGGACUGCUGAGGCAGUGGAUCUAUAUGCGAGACUAAAACAGCAGGGGCUAACUCCAGAUUCAAUCACAUAUGCCGUUCUUGAACGGUUGCAAAGUGCUUCACAUAGGACUGUUAGAAUACGGAGGCAGAAUCCAGUCACAGGUUGGAUAGUAAGCCCUUUGAGGUGAUAGGAACCACUGGUGUUAGUAAAGACAUUAUGGCAAUGUCAAAAUAGCCCGAGCUCGCUCCUCAUAGGUAAAGAUCAACUUAUUGCUCAUCAUGUGAAUUCGUUUGUCUUGGUGUUAAGAUAUUACGGACUAGAUAACGAGUCGUCAUUCAUUGUCUAGAUCAAGGCACAGCCACGAGUGCUAUCUGUUUCACCCGUAGCCAGAUUAUAAUACCUGUCUUCAAGCAUCUGCUCAUCUCAAGAUCUAUUGGAUAUAGACAUAUGUGCCGACAGAAUCCAAAAGAGGUGAUGAACCCUGUAUUUAGAUGACAGGGAUUUUGAUGAGAUCCCCCUUUUGCAUAUUAUAUGGAGAACUGUGUACAUAGUGUAGGACUCGGCAAAAAUUUAAUCGCAAUGCUGAUAUAAGUAUGGCAUGUAUAGAGAAACCGCAUAUACUAAUCUCUCUUUUUUUCCCCGGAUUUUCUAGUGGGCACACAGUAACAAUCAUUCUUUAGCUAA